GAUUGUUAAACAAAAACAACUUUUUACAACUAGCCAGUGCUAUUUAUGUGCUAUAACAUGUUGUCGACCUUUUGAGACAAAUGGUGUUCCGCAGAAAUGUUCGUGUUGAAUCUCAGAAAGUCAGGAACGAGAGGUUAGAGCUAGAGUUGUGUAACGUUAACCUCCCAACAACAAACCAUAGCGGCUAACGUGACGUUAGCCAGUCUCAUGUUUAGCUAACUGCGUUUUUCAGCUUCGGAUUGAUGACACCACAGUCCGGAUGUCUUAACCUCACCGCGUUGUUAUCUUUUCGGUCCAGUCAGCUCUUAAUGUGCUCUGAUUUUUACUUUGUAGCUUUUAAAAAAAGCAGCAUGAAAACCCCGACGACCACCGAUGUCAGGAAAGGUAUUUCAGUCCUUUGGGAGACCAUGCAAUGUCCCAUUUGCUUGGAUUUAAUGACUGAACCUGUUUCUACAAAGUGUGACCAUCAGUUUUGCAAAUUUUGUAUGAUGAAACUUUUGGACAGCACUAAGAAAAACAGGACAAACUGUCCAGUGUGUAAAACCAAAAUUACCAAAAGGAGCUUACAGGAAAGUCCUGGUUUUCAGCGACUUGUAGCAGGACUGCAGGACAUGAUAAAGGCUUAUGAACACGACACCGGCACCAACUACUUCACUGGAAUGUCCCAGCAGAAAGGGCAACCGGGAGUCACAGAGGAUGAACCGUGUCCCGAUAAGUUAUUGGGAGAUACCCCCGACAACGUGGACAGUGUCAACAAUCAGGAUCCUUCAAAGUCUCACUCCUCCACCAUAGCAGCCCAGAAUGGAUUUGCAAAACUGAUGGGACUUGAAGACACAAGUCCCACAAUGACAGACGUUGAAGGCCUGGACAGUGGCCUUGGUGAGGCCCAUCCAACUUCGUCCAAGAAGAUCAGCAGCCCCACGGAUCAUUUGGAACCACUGGAAACGGACAUUUCAGAAGUUGUGGAAACGUCGACACACAAAAAUAGACGCAAAAAAAGGCUCCGUAAAUUGGAGAAACCCCCCCUGCCGCCAUCGUUGACUCCAGACGAGCCUGAACACCGACCUUUAAGAAUGUCCACAAGGAAGAAGCUCCAAAAGGAUUUGAAGCCCGACAAGGUUCAUGAGGAAAAAAAGAAGAAGAGUCUACAGAAAGUUGCCGAGUGGCUCAUGACGGUUCCAACUGAAGGAAGUCUCGAGUUGGACAAACCCAACGAGGACACGGAGGAUUCUGACAGCUGCUCCACCGCUUCAACAAAAGAUAUCAAAAUACACAACAGUGAUGUCAAUUCCAGGAGAGAGGAACGGGCUAAAGGCCUCGAAGAUCAGGUGUUUGGUGCCGUCUACAAACGGGAGCGGAGAGGCAACAAGGUCAUCGCUCCUCCGCUUAAUGUUUUAAUCGAAACGCCAGCAACCAAAGAAACGCAAAUUAUCUCCAAAACCAGGAAAAUAAACACUGUCACUCCUGCUGGUUUUGUCAAGGAAACAAUCUCUGAUGAUAAAAGUGAAAGCGACAUGGAGGAAGAGCAGCAAAAGACGGAAGAAGUAGAUGAUGCCAGCAGUGACGUAGUUGCAAAAGCGGAACAGACUGAGGUUAUGGAGGAAAAAGAUAAAUAUGGAGAAGGGUUAAACAACCUGCCAGAAAGUGACCAAAUCAAUGACAAAGUUCCCUGUAACGUGUCUGACAGUGGACAGGUGGACAGGAGGAGGUCAAACAGAAGGACAUGUAACACUCUGCAGCAGGUCGACGGGGAUUUGCAAGCUAAGGCAAAGAAAACGGAGAAUAGGAAUAGUAAAAACACAAGGACGGAAAGAGGCAAGUCUGCUAAAGUGCAGAAACCCCUUGUUCUGGUUGGAGUUAAAAAUGGAGAAACCAGUCCCAAGGCCAGGCCGAGGUCGGAAGAAGUUCAAGUUCACAUUGAGAAUUACCCGAGCAGCGAAGACCAAGAGAUCCCUACAACGAGGAGCACCAGGAGGAGCAGAAGACUUCAACUCUUCACUCAGGAAGUCCAAGAGAGUCACAAGAAAGCAAACCUGAAAGCCGUUAGAGCUGAAAAAGACCGAAAUGCUCCAAAGCGAUCCGAGGAAGCCAACGGUGGAAACGUGACACCGGCGACUGAAAGAAACGGAUGUGUUUUUGAUCAAGAGUUAGAAGGGAUCGAAGACCUGGAGUCCAGUGAGAUGCCGCCUUAUUCGGGACCAACGGAAGCCGUUGAAGAGUCCGCCGCCGAGGUGCCGGAUGCUGAACCGUUGGCCGAAGCGAACGUUGCGCCCAACGCUGCCGAAGUCCCGAGCUCCUCGAGUCCGGCCGACGCCGCGGUGGAUCCAACGCUCGUAAACGCCGACCAGGACGAUCGUCGGUUGGAAACUGUCGCUCACGUGACUAAAUGUCACGACGACGAGGACAAGAACGACAGCGAGCUGGACACCGAGCUGCUGCUCAAGAGCUUCAAAGCCACCAAAAGAAAAUCGUUCUUCUUUGGCGGCCCAAAUGUGAAACAAAGCCGCGGUUCAGACACCGAAAACCCGCGGCGCGCCGACGCAGAGGACAGCCCGCCAGUUAGCGCUGAAAGAACCGACCUGCAGGCGUUGAGAGGCGAUGAAAACUCCCCUUGGAGCGAUUUCAUCUCCCCUUCUAAUUCUCCCGCUCAAACAAGAAAGCCCGUUCUCGAGAAACCAGACGAAGAGACGCCGGAGGCCUCCGACCCCGAGAGCAGCUGCUCAGGUCACGGGGGCGACUCUUCCUCCAGGAAUGGUGUCAGCAGUGGCCUCACUCCGAAUAAAGUGUCAACGCGGGAUAUCAAAAGCCCCCGUCGCUCGGUUGCGCCUCGAGGGCUCCAUUCCGGCCUCUGCUUCGGAGCGGCCGAACACUUGGAGCCACGUGAGCCCUCGAACUAUUCUCAGAGUCAGCCGGGCUGCUCCGCGAGGGACGCCGGCCGAGGGAAGGAGACGAGGGGAGGCACCUCUGUCUGCAGCGCUCAACAUCUCUCAAAUGCAGAGGGUUCCUUAACCCCCGAUGGCCUCGGAAUACCGACGUCGCGCAGCGGAGAGCCGACCUCCCAUUCGCCAGCGGAGAGCGCGCCCAGGAAGAGGAAGAGGGCGAGGAGGCUGGAGUCUUCCUUUGAGUCCGGCGAGAGCGGGGAGGAUUUGCCGACUUUGACGGAAAUCUUCGGAAAGUCGGCGGCUCCCUCCGGGACGGAGGGUCGGCGGGGGUCCCGGGAGGCUGAUGGGUGUGCGGGUGCCCCAGCCGGCGGGACGCCAGCGUGCCCCAGCCCCGACGAGCUUCAUUCCAGCCAGGCGUCCGUUGACCUGUUCGGCACGCCGGACGAAUGUAACGUCCCAGCGAAUGACGUCGGUGUUUCCUCACAGUUUGAAUCAUCACAAUUUUCAAGUGAAGUCCUCGUUACGCAGCAAAAGGUGGAAAUGCAGAAGGAGCUGGUGAGGCUGGAGAAGUUGAUGGCUCUGGUGUCGGAGGUGCUUCAAGAAAAGGAAGACAUUCCUGCAAACGAAGUCCCCUCAGAAACAAAUCCCAGCAGACAAAACACAGACGCUCACAGGCUCCUCCCAUGCGACCAGGACCCGGGCCGAGGGUCAGACGGAGAAGCUGCUCCCGAAGCCGAGCGAGAGCGCGGCAGAAGAGCGUCGGAGCGCGGCGGCGCAGCAGAGACGGCCGCCCAGAGGUCCAGACCCACAGGGCCGGGCCUAAACGGCAGCGCGGGCUCCAAGGCACUCCGUUCCAGCUCAGCUUCAAAAACAUCAAAGAAAGACGCUUCACCUACAGAUGGUCAAGAAAACAAAGAAAAUAAUACUCCUCCGGGAGACGGGAGACGAACCAAGAUGCUGCUGGUGUCGUCCGGAUUGGACCAAAGCGAACAGACGAUGGUCAAAAGGUUUGCCAAACGUGUCGGCGCCCGUGUGGUUUCUACGGUAACGCCGGAGGUGACCCAUAUCAUAAUGCACACAGAUGAACACCUGGUAUGCGAGCGCACGCUCAAGUACUUCCUCGGCAUCGCGGGCAGGAAGUGGGUGGUGGGCUCCCAGUGGAUUUCAGAGUGCUUCAGACAAAAGCAGCUCUUAGAUGAGAGCGCCUUUGAGGUGAGAGGAGACGUGGUGAAUGGACCCGACCACCACGGCCCCAUGAGAGCUCGUACCAGGGAGGACAAUAACUUGCUCAUGAAAGGCUACAAGAUCUGCUUCCAAGGGCCUUUUACAGACAUGACGACAGAUGAAAUGGAGUCGAUGGUGGAGCUCUGUGGAGCAGCUGUAGUCAGAGAUCCAAUUCUCCUCGACGGUAACAAGAUCUCCCAUCAGCUUGUCAUCGUACAGUCUGGAUCAGAGUCACACAGCAGUGCCCCUGGAAACGCUACAGUGGUGACACGUGGUUGGCUGUUGGAUACCGUGGCAACCUACACCCUCCAAAACUACGACCAGUACACAGCACCUCCAGCCGGUGUGCCUGUUACAACCUCUGCCUCUUAAUGUCCAACGCUGCAUCUAAUCUCUCGUCCAUCGGCUUUCUUUACUAAUCUCUAUGUAUAGUGUUUGCUUGACAUGAUGUAUAUAAAGUUUAAUGAACCAAAA